AUGACCUUCUCGAAAUACGCUCUGCUGGGUUCCGUUCUUCCAACUAACAUUUCCCCUCCGGAUUCCGCCCUGCAGGACGCCGAGAUCGGGCGCAAGCGCUCCAAGGGUAAGAAAGACGCCGAAAAGCCGGACCAGCGUCCGGAGAUGACCUUCUCGGAAUACGCCCUGCUGAUGCAAGACUCGAUGUCGCGCCUGGGGCUGUAUGCGGAUAUGCUCGUGGAGGGGGUAACGGGACAGCGGGAAGAAGCACCCCCCGCCGGCGGCCAAAACCGGCGGGUGACGUUCGAGCCGGAGGGCGAGGCCGUGCAGGGGGGGGCCAGCAAGCUGAUCAAGCACGCGCGGAAGCUGGCGGGCAGCCUGCACGUGGACCGGCAGACCGUUGGUCUGCGCAGCGUGCGCGACUGGCUCAUGAAGCUCGGCGACAUCGCGACCAUGGACGGCGACCCGUCGGCCGCGGCCGCGACGCAGGCGGGCGCGGAGGGUUUGGGCGUCGACUUGGCCGCGGCCGGCGGCGACUGGCGGCUGCCCAACUCGCCCGCGAUGGCGCUGCAGCUCGCGCAGGAGGACCUCGCGGAGCGCCUCUCGCACUUGUACGCGGAGAAGAACUACCUGCUCAACCGGAGGGCGGAGCUCGAAGCGGCGAAGCGGCUGACCGACAAAGGCGGCGACCUGAUAGAAGACCAGCUGUUGCAGCACAUCAAGAAGCUCCGCGAUAUGGAAGCCGAGUACGAGAUCUUGGGCGGCCGCGUUACGGACUGCAUGGGGGAGGUUGCGAACCUGGAAGGGGGCUUCCAUCAGUUGUUGCAGGAGGGGGAGAAACUGAGGCGGGAAGCUAUAGAGAGUGCGGCCACUUCGUCUCGGGUCAGCGGCGUGCGAAAGAAGAAGAAAAAGAAGGGGAAGAAGAAAACGGUGAAGAAGGGGGGCGCCCGCGGCAGCUAUUCCGACCCCCCCAGCUCGGAGAGCUCGUACUAUUCGUCCGAGGAAUCCGGCGACUACUCGGACAGUGACGUCAGCACGUCGUACGAUGAGGUCAGCACAGAAGAGGAAGAGGUCGAGGAAGAUGGGCGGGUGGUCAGGAAGCGGGUUAAGAAGAAGGUCAAGAAGCCGGUGAAAAAGCCGGUGAAGAAGAAGAAGCGUGCGACGUACAGCGAGACCGAGUCUGACUCGGACGAGGAAGAAGUGGAAGAGGAGGUUAUUGAGGAGGUUAUCGGGGAAGAUGGGCAGAUAAGAAAGGUCAAGAAGUGGGUUAAGAAAGUGGUUAAGAAGAAAGUGCUGCAGGUCAAGGGCUCUGGCCCGAGUAGUGGGAGCGAAGAGGAAGAGGAGGUGAUCGAGGAGGUUAUGGGCGAAGACGGGCAGGUUAAGAAGGUUAAGAAGGUGGUUAAGAAGAAAAAAGCGAGGCGGUUUAGGGAGAUUCCGGAGAGUGAGAGCGACGAGGAGGAGGAGGUUACGGAGGAGGUUGUGGGAGAAGACGGGCAGGUUAGGCGGGUUAAGAAGAAGGUCAAGAAGAAAGCGAGGCGGAUUAGGCGAGUCGAGGAGUCGUUUCCGAGCAGCGGAAGCGACGAAGUAGACGCGGAGGGCAAUCCGGUUAUCGAAGAAGUGGUUACCGUAACCGGGAAGCUUCAGCGGAGGGCGAAAAAGAAGGCCGGGAGGAAGCGGGUUGAGAAGUGGGUUACGGCGGAGAUCGCCGGGAAUGACGAGGUUGAUGCGGAGGGGAACGUGGUCAUUGAGGAGGUUGUGACCGCGGAGGGGCAGGUUAGGCGGCGGGUUAAGAAGCGGGUUAAGAGGGCGACGGUCGGAUCGGCGGCUGACAGCGGGAGCGACGAGCUGGACGUCGACGGGAAUGUCGUCAUCGAGGAGGUGGCUGACGUCAGCAGCGGGCGGGUGCAGCGCCGGGCGAAGAAGAAGGCGGGGAAGGCGCGGGUGGUUAGGCGGACGGUCUCGGACGGGUCCGAUAGUCACGACGAACUUGAUGCGGACGGUAACGUGGUUUUGGAGGAGUUCGUGGACGGGGAGGGGCGGGUUAAGAAGCGGGUCAAGAAAAAGGUUAAGAAGAGAACCAAGCCCCGGCGACGAAUCAGAUCGGGGGACGGGUCGGACGCCGAGGUCAGCGGGACGGAUGACGUCUUUGAUGAAGAUGUAGACGACGAUGACGUCACGGAAGCGGGUGAGGUUAGCGAAGAGAUUGUGGACGAGAACGGGGUGGUUAGGAGGGUGGUUAGGAAGAAGAAAAAACCGAAAAGAGGGCGGCGGAAAGCGGAGAGGGAGAAUGAUGAGCUGGACGAGAAUGGUGACGUCAUUCUUGAAGAGGUGAUGGAUCCUGAGGGGCGGGUAAGGACCCGGGUUAAGAAGAAGGUCAGGCGGACGGUUAGUGGAGAAAGUGAGAGCGACGAGGUCGACUCCAGCGGGAACGUCGUCAUUGAGGAGGUUGCUGACGAGAGCGGGCGGGUUAGGCGGCGCGCCAAGAAGAAAAAGAGGGUCAAGAGGAGGGUUACGGAAACGGAAACGGAAUCGGAAGAGGCGGAACCGGAAGGCAAGAACGACGCGGUUGACGAGGAGGGAAACGUUGUGUUGGAAGAAUUCACGGAUAAAACUGGGCGGGUUAAGAGGCGGGUUAAGAAGCGGGUCAAGAGGAUAGAGGCCGAAGAGGAAGAGAGCGGGAGCGACGAGCUUGACAGGGAAGGUAACCCGCUUAUCGAGGAGGUUACGGAUGACCAAGGGCGGGUUAUUCGGCGGGCGAAGAAGAAGAAGAGUAAGCGGAAAGGCAGGCGAAAAAAGAAGGUCGCGGGAUCCGAAGAAAGCGAGGAAGAUGCGGAGAGCUCGGAAGAAGAGGAAAGUGGCGACCGUGAGACAGGCGGGCUUGACUCGGAAGGUCGCCGCGAAAAGCGACGGGAGCACCGGCGUAAGGGAAAGGGAGGGAAGAAGGGAAAAGAAGGAGACGCGGAGAUUAGUGAAGAUGAUGAAAGGGAAGGGAAAAAGAAGAAGAAAAAGAAAGGGCGACGAAGACGGGAAGGUGGGGAGGGCGGGGAUGAUUCGGGGACGGCACAAAAAGGCGACGCAGAGGGGGGGACGAACGAGAAAGAGGAGGUCUCGCGCUCCAAGUCGCGCAAGGAGCGGCACCACCGGCGGCGGCGCCGGUCGAGCGGCGAGCGCGGCGAGCGGCGCGCGAGCAGGGACCCCAAGAUCAACAACGUUUUGCAGCGCCUCCUCGCGUCGACCAAGAUGCGCCAAAAGGCGACGCAGACGGACGACGCGUCGCUGCAACCGCCGUCCCGGGGAAGAACUAGAGGCGACGGCUUUCGGGAGAAGUUCGAGGAGAAGGAGGUGGAGUGCAAGGGCCUGCGCAAGGACCUGAACAAAUUGCGGCAGCAGCUCCGCUUCUGGCGCCAGCGGAACUGGGCCCAGAAGCACGGAAAGCCGCUCCCCCCGCUCAACGGAAUGGACCCCAACGUGCUCCUCGACUUGGAGCCGGAAUACGCGGGCCGUGCGCCGCCGGAAGUCGCCGGAACAGGCGCCGAGCGGAUGGCGGGCCCCCUGCCGACGACCUCGCUGGAACCCCCUCUCCCGCCCGAUGCGCUCUCCCACUUCCAGUCCAUUGCGCAGAAAGUCUCCGCGGUCACUUUCUUCAGCCGCAUCAAGCGCGCGCCCGUCACGCGCGUUUCCUUCGGCCGCGACCCCGCCGCCGGCGGCCCCUGGAAGUACGACCCGGCCGCGCUGCGCGGGAGCGCCGAGGCGCCCGAGCGCGGCGCGGCCGCGGCCGCGGGCGCGCCGGAGUCGCCCACGGUCGCGGUGAAAAACAUCGGCGACUUCUUCGGGGAGGCGCCGGGCCCUGUGUCGCCGGGAGUGGUCAGGAAAGCGCGCGGGGUGAUUGGGCCCGGGGCGUUUGGGCUGCCGGGGAAUGGCCCCGGGGAGCCUUUUGGCGACGCGCGCGCGGCCGCGGGGACGACCGGCGUGGACUUCAGGCCGCCCGACGCGCGCGGCGACGAGAACGCGGCCGCGGCCGCGAGCCACAUGGAGGAGGAGCGCAACCACGUGAUGUGGCUGCGACUGCGCGAGCGCAUGCGCGCGCUCCUAGGCCAGAUGCCAGGUGGCGCUCCGUUCGAGGGAACAUCUUCCUUCAGAAGCCCGUCGACGCGAAACCCCCGAUCGCUCAGCGCAGGGUUUGGCGCGUUCGCGGCCGCGUCGCCGAGCGGCCCCGUCGUGGGCACGCCCGCUUUUAGCCCGGGCCAGGCGUCGCGAGAAGAGGAGGCGAGCCCGGCCCGCAUCGUCAGCCCUUACGUCACCGGCAUCUCCCCGACCGCCAAGGCCGGCCCCCCGGCCUCGCUCGGCGGGAGCAAGAAACGGCUGCCGGUUCUCGGCACGUCCAACCCGAGGCGGGCGCCGUCCCCCCGGAUCCGCUCCCCCGGCCCCCAGAUGCUGAUCAACAACCGCGCCGCGCGGCCGUUCGACGAGCUGGCGACGCCCCCCGGGCGCGCGCGCGCGGCCGCGCCAAUGCGACCCACGGUGUCGUCCGACGGGAAGCUGCCACGUGGCGGCCUCCCGGAGCUGGGCGUCGUCGGGGGGCGGGCGGGUCAGCCGGGCGUCGCAGGGGUCCCGGUCGACCACGAGCGAGCGGAGCUAUCGCACGUCCAAUCAGGGCCGGUGAUGAUCCCCAGGGCGGCGGGGGGUAAUUUCAGACGCGGUGUUGGAUAGUUGGAGCGACGUUAACGAUGUUGGAUAAGCGGAUAAGCGGAAUAGGUUCAAAGAUGUCAAAUAACCAGAAUGAGAAUGAAAGGUCUUCAAUGGAUCGGAUAUGGACCGGUCACUGGGAGGCUGCAGUGCGCCGGUCUGGGCAAUCUGCCGCGAACGCCUAACGGAACGGCCGGGCGGACGCGUACGGUAUCCGGGAUACCUCGGAUUUGAUCGAACACGUAUUAUAGUGGCCAGUCAUUACAUGCUGCGGCAAUCGACAACGCACUGAUGUUAAGGAAUGUGCAAUAUCAGGAUUGUUAAUCAAGCAUACGA